CCUCGCAUACGCCGGCGGUGCUGCAGCAGGCGGCUCUGCCCCUGCUCACCAACACCCAGUGCAAGGAGUUCUGGGGCUUCCGCAUCCGCGACGUGAUGGUCUGUGCCGGCGCCGACGGAGCCUCUUCUUGCAUGGGCGACUCCGGGGGCCCGCUGGUGUGCCAGAAGGACGGCGCCUGGAACCUGGUGGGCAUCGUCUCCUGGGGCAGCAGCACCUGCGACCCCCAGACGCCCGGCGUGUACGCCCGCGUCACCAAGCUCCGCGACUGGAUCGACUCCAUCCUGGAGGCCAACUGA